AUGGAUGAACCAUCAUCCGAUGCUGCUACUGCAAGUGCAACAAGGAAAAAUAAGGCAGACCCAGGCUGGAAAUAUUGCCAUUCACUAGUGGAAGGAGAUAUAAACACCAUUGUUUGUAAUUUCUGUGGAAAAAUCACUAAUGGAGGAAUAACCCGAGCCAAACAACACCUGAUUGGGAAGUCGGGCGACGUUGCAACUUGCAAGAAAACUCCCCCAAAUGUAGUCGAAGAGUUGAAGGAAUAUAUGGCUACAAAAAAAAGUGGGACCACUUACAGUACUUCUGGCAGUGGUAAUAUGGCAAAUAUAAGAGACUUUGAAUUUGGUGAACCGAUUGGAUGUGAUGGAAGUGAAGAAGAUGAGUUUGCGGACUGCUGUAAUGUUGCUGCAAGUGCAAAGACAAAGUGUGAGACUAAAAAAGGACCAAUGGACAAAUUUUGUAAGAAUCUAGAAAAUGCAAUCAAUCGGAGAAAAAUGGAGAUGCUAAGGCAAAUGAACAUAAGAGAGUCAAUGGAUAAGAAUGAAGUAUUGAAGGUGCAUCAACAUAUUGCUCGCUUUUGGUACCAAGCAGGUUUGUCAUUCAACCUCAUUAAAUUGAAAAGCUUUGAGAACAUGGUUGCAGCCAUUGGUCAAUAUGGGCCACAUUUGCCCAUUCCUAGCUAUCAUGACAUCAGAGUUCCACUCUUGAAGAAGGAAGUUGAAUAUACUGAAAAUUUGAUGAAAGGCCAUAGGGAGCAAUGGGUCAAGUAUGGUUGUACUAUUAUGUCCGAUGCAUGGACUGAUCGGAAACAAAGAUACAUCAUUAAUUUUUUUAUUAACUCUCAAGCUGGUACCAUGUUUUUGAAGUCUGUUGAUGGCUCUGAUUUUGUAAAAACAGGUGAAAAGCUUUUUGAGUUGCUUGAUGCCAUUGUGGAGGAAGUUGGAGAAGAGAAUGUUGUUCAAGUUGUAAUCGAUAAUGGGAGCAACUAUGUUUUAGCGGGUAAGUUGUUGGAGGAGAAAAGGAAACAUAUUUAUUGGACUCCUUGUGCAGCUCAUUGUAUUGAUUUGAUGCUUGAAGAUAUUGGGAAGCUUCCCUUGAUAAGGAAGACAAUUAGAAGGGCAAUUAAUCUAGUUGGGUUUAUCUAUGCCCAUUCUAGUACCUUAAGUUUGUUGAGAAAUUUUACAAACAAGAGGGAAUUGGUGAGACAUGCUAUUACUAGAUUUGCCACUUCUUAUCUAACCUUGGAAAGGCUUCACAAAGAGAAAGCCAAUAUUAGAAAAAUGUUUACUUCUGAUGAAUGGACCUUGAACAAGCUAUCUAAGGAGCCUAAGGGAAAAUAA